AUGAGUACAUUCGGUGGUCCCGGCGGCCGACAGAUAAACUCCAAACCUUCGCCACCAGAGCGCGGCUCCUUCCCUCUCGAUCACGAUGGAGAAUGUAAAGACAUAAUGACUAAAUACCUUGCGUGCAUUAAGCGCGUUAAAGGCACGAACGAAGCCGAGUGUAGGGAUAUUGCGAAGAAUUAUUUGGGGUGUCGGAUGGAUAGGAAUUUAAUGGCGAAAGACGAGUUCAAGAAUUUAGGGUUUGAGGAGAAGAAAGAGGAGGGGAAGAAGGGGGAGUUGAGGUGGGAAUAG